AUGGUGCAGCAGCGUGUUUCUUAUAAGGUAUGCGAAAAUUGUCGGCUGAGAAAGAUCAAAUGUGACAAAGCCAUUCCAUGUUCCAGCUGCGGCACACUCGGGAUCACUUGCCAUGCCGCUUCUUCGAGGCUCACAGAGCGACCUCCUGUUCCUCCUUCUAACCAUGGCUUGGGUAUUAACCCAGCCAGUGAGAGAAACUUGGGGUUGAUCGAAGACCGCCUUUCUGCGGUCGAAAAAAGUAUUCAUGAGUUGUCGCAUCGUUCCGCCGCCACUGCUUCCGUUGCUUCGUUGGGCCAUCAUUCACCCUCUUUAUCAACCCAGUCAUCUCUGGAGAUAGCGACGGCUGCAUUUGAAGGGCAAUCGUCCUUUGGUAGUGCGACCCUGCUAGCCAAAAAGGCAGCGGAUCUUUCCGUUGCAAGAGUCCCCGGGAGUAAAUUCGACGAGAACGUCUAUAGAGCCCUCCUGUCCCUAAACAGCAGCCUCGAUAAGCAUCACCCAGCUCCGCGUUCUUCUGAAACGACGGAAGUUGCAAGCCCUGCAACAUCCAAUUUGAAUCUACCUCCGGUGGCUUUCGUGAUUAAGUGUCAAGAAGAAACAAACCUUCCGCUGUGCUGGACCUAUCUGUCCGUGGCAUUUGAUAUGUGUCAAAGUAUGGGAUACCAUAGCAAUUCGGAAUUGAAAAGUGAUCCCUUCCCAGUUAGUGAGGAGAAGCGACAUAUUUUCUGGAGACUGUAUAUGGUUGACAAAAACCUCUCUCUUAACCUUGGCCGCACAUCACAUUUUCAAGACCAUGAUAUCGAUUGCGGAAUUUUCAUGCCGUCAACUGACCCUCAUCAACACCCCUGGGAUCUCAUGACUCAUGUGAUCAUCAAGUUUUCAGCUAUUCAGGGUCGAGUAUAUGACAAACUAUAUUCCGUUUCGGCAUCGCGCUCGCCACCGGAAGAAAAGAUGCGUGUCAUGGAACAGUUAUCUACCGAGUUGAUUGAAGUGCGGAAUGAACUCCUUGAGAUCGAUGUCAGCGGUGGCUAUUAUGCAGAGUCAUUACAAGGAAUAGCGGCUUGUGCUGAAUUUAUCACCUAUUCAGUUUUGACUGUCAUCUACCGUGCCCAGAUGUCUCCGAACGCCAUGGCUAUAAGUUCCAAAUGCCUGGAGGCAGCCAAACUAGGUUUACAGAGUCACUUGAAAUGCUUUCCUUACUUCCUCGAACGCAAAAGCCACAAGAAAGCUGAAUAUGUAACCUGGAUUCUUCUCUACCCUUCCUUCACACCAUUCGUCAUCCUCUUCACCCACGCAAUUGCCACUGGAGACUUGGAGGAACUUGCCUUACUCCAGGAAACAGUCGGCUCACUCGAACUGGUCAAGGAUCUUUCCCGCGGCUCCCAACAUCUCUACGAAAUAUGCAAAGCGUUUCUCACCACUGCCGAUGCUUUAAUCAAUUCCCAACGAACCCUGAACGGCCUGGAACACCACGCCGAUGGCUCACUUGUACUCCCUUUUAUGGCUGAUGGGCAGACCCAGAUUACCUUCCCAGAUAUCUCAUGGACAGAAGAUAUGCCCGGGACAGAUAUUCUCCGCCUAAACCUCACCUUCACGUCCGAUGCAUUAAUAUAUUUUGCUAUUUUCUUUUUGGGACCUUUCAAAGUCAUCAAUGAAUAUAAAAUGAGCCAGGCAACCGAGGUCAAGAAGCAAUCCUGA